AUGCCGGUGGUCAAUGGUCCAGGUCCCUCGUUCUGCCUUCUCCUCCUGCUCCUGGAACCCCACAGUCCUGAGACGGCAUGUCCUCCUCUGCGCAGGUUUGAAUACAAGCUCAGCUUCAAAGGCCCAAGGCUGGCAUUGCCUGGGGCUGGAAUACCCUUCUGGAGCCAUCAUGGAGACGCCAUCCUGGGCCUGGAGGAAGUGCGGCUGACGCCAUCCAUGAGGAACCGCAGUGGCGCCGUGUGGAGCAGGGCCUCUGUCCUCUUCUCUGCCUGGGAAGUAGAGGUGCAGAUGAGGGUGACGGGAUUGGGGCGCCGGGGAGCCCAGGGCAUGGCCGUGUGGUACACCCAGGGCAGGGGCCAUGUAGGCUCUAUCCUCGGGGGGCUGGCCUCAUGGGACGGCAUCGGGAUCUUCUUUGACUCCUCGGCAGAGGAUACUCAGAACAGUCCUGCCAUCCGUGUGCUGGCCAGCGAUGGGCACAUCCCCUCUGAGCAGCCUGGACAAGCAUCAGGUGAUGGCCCAAAGUCACCCCUCUUGCCUCAGUGGGAUAUCAUGGCAGUGAAGGUGGAGGCUGAGCAAGGGGGCUGCUGGGUGGAGGGGUCUUACUUCUCCUUCAUCUGUCCCCUUGUAGAUGAUCAUGAUGUCCUGUCCUUCCUGACUUUCAGCCUGAGUGAGCCCAGCCCAGAGAUUCCCCCUCAGCCCUUCCUGGAGAUGGAGCAGCUCCGUCUGGCGAGGCAGCUGGAAGGGCUGCGGGCAAGGCUGGGCCUGGGCACCAGGGAGGAUGUAACUCCAAAGUCAGGCUCUGAAGCUCAAGGAGAAGGGGAAAGGCUCUUUGACCUGGAGGAGACGCUGGGCAGACACAGCCAGAUCCUUCAGGCUCUGCGGGGUCUCUCCGAGCAGCUGGCCCAGGCUGAGAGGCAAUGGAAGCAGCAGCUGGGGCCCCCAGGCCAAGCCAGGCCUGAUGGAGGCUGGGUGAGUAGCCCCACAGGCAUCCAAGGCUCCACCUGCGGGCCUGAAAGAGGAGCAAGCACUAGGCUGGCCCUCCUGCAGGACUCUGCUAAGGUCGAUGCCCUGCUCCAUGGACAGAGGACUCUGCUCCAGGCCCUGCAAGAGAUGAGGGAUGCAGCUGUCCGCAUGGCCGCAGAAGCCCAGGUCUCCUACCUGCCUGUGGGCACUGAGCAUCAUUUCUUACAGCUGGACCACAUCCUGGGCCUCCUGCAGAAGGAGCUUCAGGGCCCGGCGAAGGCAGCGGCCAAGGCCCCCCGCCCACCUGGCCAGCCCCCAAGGGCCUCCUCGUGCCUGCAUCCUGGCAUCUUCCUGUUCUUCCUCCUCAUUCAGACUGUAGGCUUCUUCAGCUACGUGCACUUCAGGCAGGAGCUGAACGAGAGCCUGCAGGAGUGUCUGUCCACAGGCAGCCUUCCUCUGGGUCCUGCACCAUACACCCCCAGGGCCCCGGGGAUUCUCAGGAGGCAGCCUCUCCCUGCCAGCAUGCCUGCCUGACCCACCUCAGAGCCUGCUUUGCAUCACUGGGAAGCAGGCAGUGUCUGGGGUGGGUGCUUGAUCAGCAUCCUCUUCGUCUGGGUGCCCAGCUCCCACCCACACCUGAGCUGUCAGCACACUCCCAUCUUAUUAAAGGUGAUUUCCCUCUCCCCA